AUGGGAUACGAAGAUGCAGAGAUGACACGUCCAACUUACAAUGUACAUGGAUUCAAUAGAGCAAUUACAAGGCCAAAAGGAGAAAUCGUGAUGCGAAUAUUACUGGGAGAAGUUGAGACAAAAAUAACAUUGUGCGUGAUUGAUAUUGAGUCACCAUACAACAUGUUACUGGGUCGACCACGGGUGCACGCAAUAAAAUCCGUAGCGUCAACAUUACAUCAAUGUAUUAGAUUCCCAGUUCCAAGUGGUAUAGGUGAAAUCAAAGGAGAUGUUAAGGGUGCAAAUACUUGUAAUCGAAUAGAUGUGCGAAAUUAUGAAGGACGAGCGAGAAAGAGGAAAGAUCGCUGGAGAAAAGAAAAAGAACAAAGAAAGGAGGAGGAAUUUCGAAUAUACAUGAUAAGAGCGAAGGAAGGAAAAGGAAUACCAAGCGAAGCACCAGCAGAGGAAGGUGAACAAAUUAAAGAAAUUAAAGAACCAACACCUAUGGGAGAACCAAAAGCGAAUUUUACCGCAGCGGAACAAACAAAAGAAAGUAUGGAAGAGAUGCCAGUAAUAGAUCCGUCUGUCCCAUGUCAUAAAUUGUACAUUAAGAAGAAUGUAAAGCCGUUCAAGCAAAGGAUAAGGAAGAUUGCAACUGAUUAUCAUCCUACAAUAGAAGCAGAGUUGCAGAAGAUGUUAGAUACAGGAAUCAUAAGGGAAGCGAAAUAUCCAGAGUGGAUAGAAAAUAUGGUGGUGGUACCUAAAAAGAACAAUGGAAUUGGGAUUUGCAUAGAUUUCAGAAAUCUAAACAAAGCGUUCCCUAAAGACAACUUCCCUUUACCAGAUAUACCUCAAAUGGUGGAAUCGACAUCAUGA